AUGAAGUUAAGAGACGGUAGUGAAAUCAGUCUUCUAGUAUUGUUACUGUGCUUAACAACUGUCUCUCUUAAAACAGAAGCUCUGUGGAUAAAACUUCCCAGUUCAGGAACAAAGUGUGUGUAUGAAGAUAUUAAAACACACGUCGUCGUUUUAGGUGAUUACUAUUCUGUAGUUGAACAAGGUUAUAAGGCUCAUAGAAUUUCCGCCCAGGUAACUUCUCCUUAUGGAAACAACCUUCACCAUACUGAAAAUGUUACACAUGACCAUUUUGCAUUUACAACGACCGAAAGUGGAAAGUAUCUUGUGUGCUUUUGGUUGAGUGGAAAUCAACAAGAAGGUGCAACUCCAAAUGUCAACCUUGACUGGAAAACAGGAAUUGCAGCCAAGGAUUGGGACUCUGUUGCAAAGAAACAAAAGAUUGACGGUCUUGAACUUGAACUCAUGAAGGUUGAAUUACUAGUGGGUGCCAUUCACCAAUAUCUAACUAACUUGAAGGAUAAGGAAGCAAAGGUGAGGGAAGUGAGUGAAAAAACAAAUGCUAAAGUGGCAUGGUUUAGUAUCAUGUCUCUUGGUCUCUGCAUUUCUGUUUCAGCAUUGCAACUUUGGUAUCUACAGAGCUACUUUCGAAAGAAGAAACUCAUAUAG